AAACACUUUUCACGCUCUGACCUGUCCAAAGAAAGAAAACAACACCUCAACUCUGACAAUCUCUGCAUUCACAAACAAACAAACAGAAACAGAGAAUUUCCCAACCCAACCCACAAAACCACAACCCAACAACCUCUUCCUUUCAUUCUAAUCUUCUGCAGUAUUCUUCACCACCACCAUCAUCACUCUAAACAGUAAACUCUCUCUCUCUGGUUUACUCAUUUUUACUAUGCAUUUAGAUUAGUCAUACCAGCUAAGGGCUACACGGGCAGUUUUCGUUAAAAUGGUACUUGGGUUAAGAUCAAAGAGUAGAAAAAGCGUGCCAAUUCAGGUUGAUUACCUCAUCCAUUUACAGGAGGUGAAGCCAUGGACCCCAUCACAAUCCUUGAAAGGUUCUCAGUCUGUGUUGCUUCAGUGGGAAAAUGGUGAUCAUAAUUCUGGGUCUUUUAGCUGUGGUGUUGGGGAUGGGAAAAUUGGAAUCAGCGAGUCUUUCAGGCUUCCCAUUACUUUGUGUCAGGAGGUGUCUAGAAAAGGCACAGGCCGUGAAAAUUUUCAGAAGAAUAGCUUAGAGUUUUGCUUAUAUGAACCUCGAAAGGACAAGGCAGUGAAAGGUCAACUCUUGGGCUCAGCUGUGAUAAAUCUUGCAGAUUAUGGAAUUAUCAAGGAGUCUUUAACCAUAAGUGCUCAGGUGAACUGCAAACGGGGUUUUAAGAGCUCUGCGCAGCCAGUUCUUUAUGUUAACAUUCAACCUCUUAAUAGAGAUAAUCCCAGCUCAUCAUCAAAGGGCAGCUUGUCAAAGGAAGUUUCAUUGGACAAGGACAUAAGUGAAUCGUUUUCGCAAUUGAGAGAUAGUCCCACUCCCACCUCAUCAUCAAAGGGCAGCUUGUCAAAGGAACUUUCAUUAGACAAGGACAGAAGUGAAUCGUUUUUGCAAUUGGCAAAUGAAGGGGAUGAUGAGGAAGCUGAGAUUGCCUCUUUUACUGACGAGGAAGGUGAUGAUGUUUCGUCACAUUCAUCACGAACCAUUACCUCUUCUGCUCUUGAGACUACUGGAAGUUCACUUGCAGGAGUUUCACCACUUCAGAGUGAUCAGUACAAAUCAGAAUUAGCAAAGGAUUGGGUUAAGGUUGCCAGUUUUGAGGACAAAGAGAAAAAGGAGCAGCAAGAAAAUGGACGGGAAGAACAGACUUUAGAGGUGAAGAAAUAUCAUUUAGAAGAUGAAGUAAUUGAUAAAUUUUCAGACGAUGCUGCCCGAAAGCAAGUCAAAUUUAGGAAUGAUACUCUUUCAUUCAGCAGGAAUUCACUUCGAGUUCAGGAAAGUGUCCCUACAACUAACAAAUUAAGGCAUGUGAAGUCUGUUCAAUUCCCUUUUCACUCUUCCAAUAGCAGUGUGAUGUUUGGCAAUAGUCAGUUCAUGGAACAGGGAAACAAUAAUAAUAUUCCAGAAGCUACUAGAGCCAGGACCUAUUCACCAGAAGCUACUUGUGCCAGGACCUAUUCACCAAAAGCUAUCCAUGAAAAUAAAGCAACAAUAAGUAGCUUUUCUGAUGGCAAAGUUGAAUUAGAAUCUAAAAGUGAAAUCCUUGAGGAAGAGUUACGAGAAGCUGCUGCCUACUCACCAAAAGCUAUCAGUGAAAAUAAAGCAACAAUAAGUAGCUUUUCUGAUGGUAAGGUCGAAUUAGAAUCUAAAAGUGAAAUCCUUGAGGAAGAGUUACGAAAAGCUGCUGCUGUUGAGGUUGCCAGUAUCUAUUCAACUAGUGAAAGUAAAGAAAUGACUAGUAGCUUUUCUGAUGACAAAGUUGAAUUAAAAUCUAAAAUUGAAACUCUUGAGGAAGAGUUGCGAGAAGCUGCUGCUGUUGAGGUUUCCCUUUAUUCAGUGGUUGCUGAGCAUGGGAGUUCUGCAAUUAAGGUACAUGCUCCGGCUCGGCGCCUUUCUAGAUUUUAUCUUCAUGCUUGUAAAGCAAGGUCCCCAGCUAAGAGGGCCAGUGCAGCUAGAACUGCUGUUUCGGGAUUAGUUCUGGUUGCUAAAGCAUGUGGAAAUGAUGUUCCAAGGUUGACUUUCUGGUUGUCAAACUCAAUUUUGUUAAGGGCAAUCAUCAGCCAGGCUGUUGACAAAUUGCAACUUUCUGCUGGACCAAACAUCAGCAGUAGAGGUGGUGGGAAUGGGUUGGGUGAGAGGUCUUCCUUGAAGCAGCGUCAAUCAUCUCUUCUCGUGGAAAAGAAAAAUAAUGCAGUGGAAUAUUUUGAUGACUGGGAGGACCCACAAACCUUUAUAGUUGCAUUGGAAAAUGUUGAAACUUGGAUCUUCAAUCGAAUCACUGAGUCUGUGUGGUGGCAGACUUUGACUCCACAUAUGCAGUCUGCUGCUGCUAAGUGCUCAGGCUCAAGGAAAACCCAUGGAACAAGAUAUGGUAUAGGUGACCAGGAGCAGGGAAACUUUUCCAUAGAUCUUUGGAAAAGGGCUUUUAAGGAUGCUUGUGAAAGACUUUGUCCUGUUCGAGCUGGAGGGCAUGAGUGUGGCUGCUUACCUGUGCUGGCUAGAUUGGUGAUGGAGCAGUUGGUGGCCAGAUUAGAUGUGGCAAUGUUCAAUGCUAUUCUUCGUGAAUCAGCUGAAGAGAUGCCAACAGAUCCUGUUUCUGAUCCCAUUAGUGAUUCUAAGGUUCUCCCUAUUCCGGCUGGAAAAUCAAGCUUUGGGUCUGGUGCCCAGCUAAAAAAUGCUAUAGGUAACUGGUCAAGAUGGCUUACAGAUUUAUUUGACAUUGAUGACAGUGAAGGUGGGAUUGAACUUGAUGGUGACAAGAAAGUGGAAUAUGAGACAUCCUUCAAGGUUUUCCAUCUCCUUAAUGCAUUGAGUGAUCUCAUGAUGCUUCCUUUUGAAAUGCUUGCGGAUAGGUCUAUAAGAAAAGAGGUAUGCCCCUCAUUUGAUGCAUCAUUAAUCAAGAGGGUUCUUUACAAUUUUGUCCCAGAUGAGUUUUGCCCAGACCCAAUUCCAGAGGCUGUUUUUGAGGCCUUGGAUUCUGAGGACCUUGAGUUUGAAGAAGAUUCCUUCAAAAGCUUUCCAUGCAUUGCUGCUCAUACAAUUUAUCAACCACCUCCAGCAGCUUCACUAACAGGCAUCAUUGGAGAGGUCAAAAGUCAAUCUACGACGAGCGGGUCACCAGUGCUAAGAAAAUCAUACACUAGUGAUGAUGAGCUUGAUGAGUUGGAUUCACCCAUCUCUUCAAUUGUAAUAGACAACUUCCGGGUUUCUCCUACUUCAGCAAAACCCAACUUGAUGCUGAAAAAAGAUGGAGAUCGAAAGGUUGUCAGAUAUCAACUUUUGCGGGAAGUGUGGAGAGAUGGUGAAUAGCCAUGUUUCUUUCCUUCUCUCAUACGCAGAUGUUUGUAGAUAUAUAUUGUGCUUAGACUCUGCUACUAGAACAGGCAAUCUUCUGGUUUACGGCUUUUGUAUAUCUUGAUUUCAUGAGAAUUAAAGUACCAUAAAGAAAAUUUAACCAGCUUUGCCUAAUU